UUGGAACUUCAUGCGGGAACUACGAAACACUUAGAAUGAAGAGUAGCAAAAGAGAAUGCAAUAGGAAACGUAAAACGAAACCACUUUGUUGGGAAGAACAACUAAGCAGGCAGAUUCAGUUUGUGGAUGUCCACCCAGAGGCUAAUGAAACUUCUCUUGCAGUUGAUGAGGAGUCAGUUGAUGUUACGAUUAUAAGGAGUAAUUCGUCACAUGUUGCAAAACAUGGUGGCCUUCGAAAACCAUUCGUUUCAAAACGUUUUGAGGCAGAGACUGUAAUAGAUUUCAAUCAGUUGUGGGUUUCUGGUGAAGACCUUUUAUCUCACAGCAGCAUACGUAAACACCGUGAAGCCGCUCACAAGUGUGAAGCAGUCAUAUGAGUUCCAAUUAUAUGACAACCAAUUCUCAUUGCAGUCAACUAUUUCACGAGUUAUAUGGACAUCCUCUCUCUCUCUCUCUCUCUCUCUCUCUCU